CACGGCUCAUCCAAGUGCAAGUGCAUUAGCUCACCAGGACUACCUAGAGCACUCAUUGGUGUACAAAAUAUUACAUCUAACCCAUCUAAACAUGUCUAGGUCUGUGGAGCCUCUUGUUGUAGGGCGCGUGAUUGGAGAAGUUCUUGAUACCUUUAACCCAUGCAUGAAGAUGAUAGUGACCUAUAACUCCAACAAGCUUGUAUUUAAUGGUCAUGAGCUCUACCCAUCAGCAGUUGUGUCUAAACCAAGAGUUGAGGUCCAAGGGGGUGACCUGCGGUCUUUCUUCACAUUGGUUAUGACUGACCCAGAUGUACCAGGACCGAGCGAUCCCUAUCUAAGGGAGCACCUCCAUUGGAUUGUCACUGAUAUACCCGGGACAACGGACGCUUCUUUUGGACGGGAGGUCAUAAGCUACGAGAGCCCGAAGCCAAACAUAGGCAUCCACAGGUUCAUCUUUGUGCUCUUCAAGCAGAAACGCAGGCAAACUGUACUUGUGCCAUCCUUCAGGGACCAUUUCAACACCCGUCGGUUUGCCGAGGAGAAUGAUCUUGGCCUUCCUGUGGCUGCUGUGUACUUCAACGCCCAGAGAGAGACCGCAGCCAGGAGACGCUGAGAAACAAUGCAGCUCUCAUUGUCCAAGUCACGGCUCUCUGAAGUCAAAGCUUUUCUGCCAUAUCACUUUCUCUUGAAUGAAUCCCCUGUCGCUACAUCAGUUGCUGGUAUAUCUGCGAAUAAACCCAGAUGCAUAUUGCAGCAUGUGUUAGUAUUAGAUCGUUUUCCAUAUCAUCGAGUACGAAGUAGUAGAUUGUUGUGUAAGCAUUAAGAUUGGUAAGCAUGUUAGCAAAUUCCAGUGCAAUGCACUAUGUAAUCCACGUCAAUUAUUGAUGCUUCAAAGCCAUGUACAAGCCAAAUUAUGCUGGUGGACUACCCCAACCGGCAGAAAAGGCUUUAUCUACUGUAUGUCGCUUGGUGGCUCCACAUGAUUUGAACCUUUUUUUCUGACGUGCAAUCUC